GUUUGUUAUUGCAAGCGUGUGCUCUACUAUUCUACUAUUCAAGGAUUAUUUCAAAGUUUAUUUUUAAUAAUCUGCUCAUCAAACGUAAUGAUGUUGUUGUAGGUUCAACUCCUUCUGUUGCUGACCGUUUGGGCCCUGAAGGAAAAGCUCAUUUUGAUCAAGCAUGCAAAAAAGGCAAAGUGCCAGGCAACACGGUGUUCAUUGACUGUAUGGGGGAGGAAGAUGCUGGAAAGUCUUGCCUUGAAGCUUCAAUGACAGACAAACCAUUUGUUGAAGGUCAGGAGAGCACCGAGGGAGUAAAGGUGAAGAUGAUGAUCUCACAAGUAGUUGGACACGGCACUAACUGGAUGGAAUUGAAAAGUGAAGAGGAGAGACAAGCGAAUCUCAGCAAGCUGUUUGCAAGAGAAUUUGUUCAUGACAAAGAACAACAGUCCAGCACAGCAAAGCCAGACGAGCAACAAGAACAGAGCCCGAAAGCAAGCGGUUUGAAGUCAAUGUAUGCUGAAGCCGAGAUUCAUCCAAUAGGAUACGAGCAUUUCAAACAUGCUAAAGAAAUGGAUCAAGAUGUAGCUGCGGCCAUUAAUCUCAUGGAGGAGAAUAAGGAGGAGAUGCGCAAAUUUGAAGAAAUGAUCAAUGUGACAAUGAUGGACAGAGGAGGUCAAGAUCAAUUCCUCUCCACACAUGCUGCACUUAUGGCUGAUAACGAGUAUCAAUGUACAGCUUGUUUUGUGGUUAUCGAUGGUUCCAAGCCACUAGAUGAGAAGGUGACCACAUCCAAGUUUCGUCUUGCAGAUGGAAGUUUUAUUGAGAAACCACGUGAUGUUGCUACCACAAGAGCCGACGUCAUACGCCACUGCUUCACUGCCCUCUCUGCUGCCUAUCCUGCUGGCAGAAGACGCAAUAAAUUUUUGGGCGAGGGGCUUGUCAAAAGGGCACCAGCAACGUUCAUGUUUGCUUCUAGAAAAGAUAAAGCAAAAAGUAAAAGUUUUAUGGCAAACCAGGAGCAAAUAGUGCAAGAAAUCAUCGCUGAAGAGAAUUUUGGUGAUCACAUUGUGCCAUUUAGUAGAGAGCCUUAUCAGGUGUUGUUCCAUGUUGACAACACAAAGUCAGGAACAGGCAAUCCCGAUCCAACGAUCGUCCUCGUCAAGGAAAUGAUCGUUGAAAUGGCUCAUAAAUACUGGGAUGAAGAAGAGAAGAUUCCAUUACCAUGGGCCAUGCUAGAUAAGGGUCUGGGUCUGCUGAGAAUGAGAAAGCACAAAGUUCUUGAUCUACUCGAUGUCUGCGAAUUAGCUGCCAGGGUGUGUGAUAUCUCAUUAGAUGAGGAAUGUAGACAAGCACUGCGAUAUCUUUGCAGCCAUGGAAGCAUUGCAUUCUAUCACAAUGUUGUCGGGCUCAACAAGAAGGUGCUUCCCAACAUUCAGUGGGCUGCUGAUGUGUUGGCCAUCUUUGUCACAGUUCUGGAUCGCUCAAGACUUCCUCCUGAGUUAUGGAAUGAUCUCAAGAAUCUUCAUCAAGAAGGGAUGAUGUCAUGGAAUCUUGCCAAGUAUCUGUUGGAGAAGGCAGGAGUAGACGAAACAAACUAUGCUGUGAUCCUUGUUCUUCUGCAGCUAUUUAAUAUCAUUUCAGGGGCAUACUUGGCCGCUCGUUCAAUUGCUCCAGAUGUAGAAGUCCAACGAGGUCAGAACUUUUUUGUUCCCUCUAUGGUCAUCAAAGAAGCCAUCCAGACCCCUUUUGCCUACCAAUCAGCAUUUUGCUCUUCUACAUCUCCUCCAUCUUUGUUCUUUAUUCCCAGAGGCUUCAAUGCUUUUCUCAAGCCUCUAUUUUACCGUCUUGUGACCCGCAUGGUCAGCAAGUACCCAAAAAGCCCACAGCUUAGUAGAAACCAGGUGAUACUUCAUCUUCACAAGGAUGUAAAUCUGGAGUUGGUGUACACUGUGAAGGCUGUCAUUGUUACCAUCUACUGUCCAUCGAGUUGCAGAAAACUACCUGCAGAUGAAGAACUUAGUCCAUUGUGUGAUAGUGUGCGAGUGACUCUAAUAGAACAACUCACACAUGCGAAGGCACGAGGAAUGGAUGGCUUUCAGUUUGAGGUCUGUGUUCAUGGUGCUGUUGACGAAGCUCCAGACGAAUUUGAUCCAAACCGACUGGCUUCAUUGCAAGAAUAUCCAGAAGAUAGUAUUCUGCUGGACAAAGAGCACAAAAACAUUGAUCCUCCUGCUAAACUUGAUUUGUGGUUUGAUAACACGUCUACUAGUCAUACUGUUGAAGUUGCUGCUGGCAGUGUUUAUGAUCCAGAUGUGAUUCUGUCUGCUGUAUUACAGCAGGGUCAUGAUCGUUGGCUCUCUAUUGGUUUGAAGUUGGGAUUUACAAUGAGCAAAGUCAAUGAGAAUACAAACGUUUUUUCUCUUGGUGCUAACAAGUUGAAGGCUUUGUUUGAAGCAAAAGCACAAGAAGGAGGACGAGAUGAAGCAGCCAAGCAACUUCUAGCAGCAUGUUAUUUUAUUCCCCAGCCAAUCUUUAUGGCUGUAAAGGAUCAACUGGCAGUUUCAGGUCAUGCAGUAACUGUAUCAUCUCCACUGGAAUCUGUACGAAUGAAUGAGAACACAGUACUAGAUGUUGAUGAUGAUGAUAUUUCACAGUAUGCGAAAGAAGUAAGAAGACACAGUGACAAAUUAGGAGGACUUUGGCGUGGAUGGGCUGACGUCCCUGUUGAUGUCAUUAGAGAGGCCAGCUAUCUACUCACCAGCAGUGAAUGCAAACAUCUACUGGCCAAGUCACUUCUGGAUGUUGAAUCUGGUGGAAUACAUCGUGAUGAAAUAGUCCAGUCCAGUGAUGAAGUGUUUACCACACUCGAUUUGUGGAUUAGAAAUCAAGGAGACAAAGCUACGUUAGAUACACUCUUUCAAUUCAUGCAGACAGUAGACUUGUUUGAAGCUUUGAAAGAGAGAUUGAAUGAACGCUUCAAAUCACAGAAACCCAAAAAAGGUCGUACAAGCGCAACAGCAUCAGCAUCAAAUGUUCAUCUCUCUACACCAGUGACACAGAGAAUGAGGACCACUCCACCUACACAGCAACUGAGAAAUGAAAGUUCAGAAAAAGGUAGAGAAAUUGCUGAAAUGAGAAGACAAAGUGCAGACCGACAGACCGCAUUAAGAGUUGAUGCCAAAGUGGAGGAAACGUCAAAUGGUGACAACAUUGCAAGUGACAAAAAAGACGAUGCGCGACGACAGAUACGGGUGCCGUUAGUGGUUGUGCUCUGUGUUGCUGUCCUUGCAGUAGUCCUACAAGGAAUUAUAUACCCAACAGAUAGCAGUAUUGAUACGUCACUUUGUGAACGUACUCGAAUUCGUGAAAAAGCAGCAGUACCGUUAGCUACGGACUCAGACAAUGACCAAGUUACAUCUGUUGAACUUUUAAAGAUUGCUGACGAGGUAGGAUCUCUUUGGCAUUCAAUUGGCAUUCAUCUGGGCUUCAGUGGUGAAACGCUUAGACAAUAUGAGAAACAGUUCAAUGAGCCAUCUCGUCUUCUCUUUGAGAUUCUUGACAAAUGGCGGAAACAGAAAGGCAAACAAGCAACAAAGAAUGCAGUUUUGGAAGCUUGCAGACAAGCUGGUUCUAGAGGGGCAUGUGAAAGGAUUUUUGUAAGAUGAGAAACUGACAUCUCUGUUUACAAUUGUUGUAGCUCUGUUAAUUAACUUAUGAGAGCACAAAGAAUUGGGCUGUGACCCUCAUCACAAUGCCUUGUCUCUUAGCUAACGUUGUUUUAAAAUUUUUGUACAUGUGACUGUAAAUCAAUCAUUAAGCGGUUGAUGACGCGUACAUAAAACGAAUAAACUUAGUACGUUUCUAACGUAACCUACUGCUCGAGAUUUUCAUUUGAAUGUUACAUGCGAAAAACUGCGGUAGACGAGAUU